AUGAAUGACACAUGCAGUCUGCUGGGCAGUCCGCUGGGCAGUCCGCUGGGCAGCCUGCUGGGCAGUCCGCUGGGCAGUCUGCUGGGCAGUCCGCUGGGCAGUCCGCUGGGCAGUCCGCUGGGCAGCCUGCUGGGCAGCCUGCUGGGCAGUCCGCUGGGCAGUCCGCUGGGCAGUCCGCUGGGCAGUCCGCUGGGCAGUCCGCUGGGCAGUCCGCUGGGCAGUCCGCUGGGCAGUCCGCUGGGCAGUCCGCUGGGCAGCCUGUGA